UCUCAUAUGGAUUCGCAUGCGUGAGUGUGUAUGUAUAUACAUAUACACUUAUCUAUAAAAAAAUUACAAGUAUGUGUGUUAAUAUAAAUAUAAAGGCAUCGCCACGGUUCAAGUUUGUCUCUUCAUUACUAGCCUGCCUCUCUAACUUUACCUUCUCUUCUUCUUUCUACUCAAUUAAUGGCGAUUUUACCGGAAAACUCUUCACACCUAGAUCUUACUAUCUCCGUACCAGGCUUCUCUUCGUCUCCACCCUCCGAUGAAGGAAGUGGCGGAGGAAGAGAGCAGCUAAAGCUAGACAUGAAUCAAUUGCCGUCUUCGUCUGAAGACGAUGAAGAACUCAGCCACGGUGGCUCUGCUCCUCCCCGCAAGAAACUCCGUCUAACCAGAGAACAGUCUCGUCUUCUUGAAGAUAGUUUCAGACAGAAUCAUACUCUUAAUCCCAAGGAAGCACUUGCAAAGCAUUUGAUGCUACGGUCAAGACAAAUUGAAGUUUGGUUCCAAAACCGUAGAGCGAGGAGCAAACUGAAGCAAACUGAGAUGGAAUGUGAGUAUUUUAAAAGGUGGUUUGGUUCGCUAACUGAGCAAAACCAUAGGCUCCAUAGAGAAGUAGAAGAGCUUAGGGCCAUGAACGUGGGACCACCCACGGUGACCUCCGCCUCGAGCCUCAGCAUGUGUCCUCGCUGCGAGCGAGUCACUACUGCAGCCAGCCCCUCGCUGGCGAUUCCUUCCCAGAAAACGCUUCCGCCGCAAGAGAGUGAGCAUUGAUUUAUGUAUUUAGUUAUUUUUGGAUAUGGUUUAGAAGUCAACGAAACUGAUGAUAACAUGAUUUCCGUGUAAAUAUAGUAAUUAGGGAUUCUAUGCGCGCACGGCGAAUCUUUGUAGAUAUUUUACUUAUUUGAUCAAAAAUCCAAUCCACUUACUUUUGUUUGAAGAUAUAUAUAGAUAUAUGUAUAGUUUUAAAAAAUGUAUAACAUUUCAAUUUUGGACUC